AUGCGAUUAUCAUUUGGUACUUUGCUUUGGUACAUUUUAACAUUUUGUCAUAUUUUAUCAGCGCAAUUUUGGACAGAUGUUAAGCUAGAAGAAUUGAAAUGGUUAAAUGAUUGUGAUUUAAGUAAUACCUGCAUUCAACCAACACUUCAAUUACGUCUUAUCAAUAUACUCAAUAAUGAAACUAUCUCUAAAACUCUAAUUGUUAACUUUGAUAAACAACAGACAGGUAAAACUCAUUUAAUAUCAUAUUGGAGUGAAGGAACACCUGAUAUGAUAAUUUCAAGUAUUACUAUUAAUGGAAUUGAUCCUGAUUAUGAUUUCACAAGACUUUGUGAUACAACUGGAACUAUUUUUCUAUUUCGAUUAUCUCAAAUGAAAAAUAUGACCGAAAUGUCAGGUAUGUGUUUUAAAGCGCAGUUAGCUUUUACCAAUUAUUCCGAUCAAUGUUCACAUUUGAUUAAUUCGACAACCGUUCAAACAAAUCAAAACAUUUCUUCUCUGACAAUAACUACUGGCUGUUUAAUUACAUGUUUAAUGCUAAUUUAUAUUUCUUUCAUUAUAAAUCGUACUAUAAGAAUGGAAUCUAAAAAAGAUACACAAAUUAAACGAACAUCAAUAUCAAAAGCAUCGAUAUCAAAUGCUAUUUCAUUAAAUCCUACAAAAAAUUCCAGCAAUUAUGUAAAAUCACAAAUUUUACCGAUUAGUAUUGAAUCAGAAAAUGCGAAUUUAAUCAAACCUUCUACCAUUUUGUUUACUCCAAAGCAUAUAUUUUCUGCAAAUUCAUCAUUUUGUAGUUCAAUAUAA